AUGGCCAAACUCGAGUCGGACCAUUCGGCUCUAAUGGACAAGUACAAGGCGCUUGAAUGCAAACACGUGGGAGUUCUAACUGACAGCAGAACGUCCGCGCAAGAAAUUGAGGCAAAGGAUUCCAAAAUCGAGGAGCUGAUGCAAAUGCUAGAGAUUUUGCGUUCGAAGCAACACGCCAACUCGUCAGACAGCAAUUCUACAAAUGAUGAAGGCAAAGAAGCUCUGGAAGGACGUCUGAAGAUGCUAGAGGAAAACUUGGCGCAGAUGAAUGGAUACGCCGAUCAGCUGGAGAUGGUCAUCUCUCAGUGCCCUUCGUGCACCGUAAAACUCCAGAACGAAAGCACGCAAGAUUCGAUCUCCAACAAAGCCGAGUAG